CAGGCAGCCCGACAGCCAAGUCAGAGGCGAUAAAAGCACCAAGAGAUCACCGAAGUAGAUCAGUUUAGUUCAGAAUUUGCAAACGAUCCAAAGGAAACCCCUUAGCUCCAACGACUUUCACCUCUAAGGCCAACCAACCAAGCAACCACAACAGACACCCCUAGACACUCGCUGAGCCCAUGCAGAGAGCGCAUUUCUAAUGCUCGUCUGGAACGAUAAACAGGAUACAAACUUUACAUUCAUUUAAGGCCCCUGGCACCCUGCAAACAGACGCCCAAGAACGCGCUGCAAGGAAUUCGAUUACCAACACCGCACACAAAAUACCUGGCUUUUUUUUUCUUGUUGAUUUUUUUGUUGUUGAGUGCAUCCAGUGAAACGCCUGCCUGGUGAUAAUGCCCAGCAGUGUUGCCAACGAGGGCUACCAGUUUCAGAGGGCCAAUAGCCGCAAUCAGCAGAACAGCAGCUGCCCGAGCAGAAGUGCCAGCGGUUCGCCAGCGGCAGUCACGCCCCCCAGCUGCGGCGAUGUCGUGGACGAGGCCCUGGCCGAGUUGCAACUCCAAUCGCAGCAGCAAGAACAGAUGAUCCAGCCACCGCCUGCUCCUCCUGCAGCGAUGGGUCGUUCCGGCUGGCAAGUGAAGUCCUCGAAGCUAGCCUUCAACACUCACAAUCGCAUACGGAACAUUGUCGAAUCGCUGAAGAUCACACCAAAUCCGGAGAAGCCUAUGAUACCUUUGUCCAUUGGUGAUCCUACAACCUUUGGUAACCUGAAGGCCGCCGAUGAGACCAUGAAGGCGGUGCUGCAUUCCCUGGAGAGCGGCAAAUUCAAUGGCUAUGCCCACACCCAGGGCCAUGAGGCAUCGCGUCAGGCAGUGGCCCAGUACAGUGCCCACCAGCGGCCGGAGGGUGCCAUCGAGACGAGCGAUGUGGUGCUGUGCAGUGGCUGCUCCUCAGCUUUGGAGUACUGCAUACUGGCGCUGGCCGAUCGUGGCCAGAAUGUGCUGAUACCACGGCCGGGCUUUUGUUUGUAUCACACUCUGGCCGAGGGCCUGGACAUUGAGGUGCGCUACUAUGAUCUGCUGCCGGAGCAGCAGUGGCGCGCCGAUCUCGUGCAGCUGGAGAGCCUGAUUGAUGAGAAAACGGCCGCCCUGCUGAUCAAUAACCCCAGCAAUCCCUGUGGCAGUGUCUUCGAUGAGAAGCAUCUCCGGCAGCUGAUAGCCAUCUGUGAGCGUCACUAUCUGCCCAUCAUAGCCGAUGAGAUCUAUGAGCACUUUGUGUUCCCGGGCUCCAAGCAUUUGGCAGUGAGCAGCCUCACCCGUGAGGUGCCUGUCCUGUCGUGUGGCGGCCUCACCAAGCGCUUCCUAGUGCCAGGCUGGCGCAUGGGCUGGAUCAUUGUCCACGAUCGGAAGCAGCGGCUGGGCAAUGCCGUCAUUGGCCUGAAGAACAUGUGUGGCCGCAUCCUUGGCUCAAAUACCAUCAUCCAGGGCGCACUGCCCGAGAUUUUGGCCAAGACACCGCAGUCCUACUUUGAUGGCGUGAUCGAUGUGCUCUACUCGAAUGCCACUUUGGCCUACAAAAUGCUGAAACAAGUGCGCGGCCUCAAUCCUGUGAUGCCGAACGGGGCCAUGUACAUGAUGAUUGGCGUUAGCAUCGAACGCUUUCCGGCCUUCAAGGACGACACCCACUUUGUCCAGGAGCUGGUCAACGAGCAGAGUGUCUUCUGUCUGCCCGGCAGCUGUUUCGAGUAUCCCGGCUAUGUCCGAAUUGUGCUGACAGUGCCGCUGGCCAUGAUUGAGGAGGCAUGCGCACGCAUAGCCGAGUUCUGUGACCGCCACUUCAAGAAGGAUUCAUCCCACUCAAGCAGCUUCAUUGAGCAUGUCCUGCUGGAUGAGGACGAGCUCAACUUCUGAAGCUCUGAUGAGCUGAUGCUCUAAUGGUUGAGCGUGGUUGUGCGUGGGAUCAAAACACUUUUAUUAGAUGAUCUA